AUGAAAACGUUAGGCGUAACUCAGAAGCAUACUCCGUUUGUGGUCUCGCGCAGAAAUCCAAAGUAUCGUGCUCCCAUUAUUGACAUCUCAAUUUUUCACUACAUCAACGAGUACAUAGCAGCCCACGAGAACAAAAUGUGGAAAGCGCCUACAUAUUCGGAGCUCAAAGAGCGAUUACUCCAGACCCCGGCACUUUCGGUCGGGAUUCUUAUCUUUGCCGUGUUAUUUAACGCGCUCUUACCGAAAGAUUCUACUGCUUUGGUGCUUUACCCGGAUUCACCUCUCAAGUUGAACCUAAAUGCUCUCUCGUUCUACAUUUUCCCACAUGUGAACUGGAUUCACUUGCUCGUCAAUUUGUUCUCCUUGUUCCCUCUUUUGUCGGCGUUUGAAAAGGCAAACGGAACAGUCAGAACUGGUGUCACAUUGAACCUCUUGGCUGUUGUGACUGCUCUCAUGUACUGUAUUCCGGGUUUACUACUCUAUCCUAAGGCUGGCGUUGCCGGACUUCUGGGUAUUGUUUUCUCCUUGUUGACAUACUUCUGUCAGAAGGAGCACGCGGUGACCCCUGUGAUUCUUCUGUUCAAAGUGGCUGGCCGCGAUGUGUCCAUCCCAACAGAAUAUUUCCAAUUCGUAGCAUUAUUUUUGACGGCCGUGCUCAUUCCCUCGACGUCAUUCUUUGGUCACUUGGCAGGAAUCGGCGCCGGAUACUUGUUGGCUUUCGGCUACAUCGAGGUGUUGUACCCGCCCCUGAAGGUAAUUUUGUUUAUCGAGAAGAAGCUCGCUCCAGGUAUUGCCAAGUUGAAAUUGCUCGUGGAUUUUGUUUCCGAGGACGAUGCGGUUGUCUUACGAGGAAACGCCUACUCGCCUAUGUUCACUAAUGAUAUAGAAGCUCCUGCCAGUGAACCCCAAACCUACGAAUCCUUUGAGAGACGUUUAGGAACUUGA